AUGCCAAACUGGAAGACCUACGAGGCGACCGUCCGACUCCUUUCAGCAAUCGUUGCUGCUCAUCCCGGAAUGAAGCUCGACUACGCUGAAACUGCCAAGUAUUACGGAGAUGAGUCGAAUUACCACCAAAUCUGGAGCCGGAUGAGUAUUUUCAAUAGAAAUUCCAAACUACUUCACAAAGCUGUCGAAGCCGGAAUCAAUCCGUCUACCAUCGCGCUCGAAGAUGGUGUGAACGUUAAGAAAGCAAUCAGUGUUAGAUUCGGUGGCGAUUGUACCGUCUCUGCACUCGACAACAGAUUUAGGCGUCUGAAGUCUGAUGCUAAAUUAAUCAACACUGCUGUUAUUAAUGGAGAAGACCCUAUCAAAAUGAAUGUGGGCGACACGGAUGGUAACAUUGCCUACAAGGGCAAGGGUGGUGUUGCCUGCACUAAUGCAACACUAGAGAUCUCUGCAUUCAUGGGAUCAGCAGUUCCAGCUAGUCACAUUCAAUCCCAACACCGGGAAACAAUCAAACCUCUUGCUGAACGCUUAAUUGCUAUGCGUGAUGCUGGCGAAGACUGCAAGAACGUCGAUUUGCAAGACCUAGGAACUCGUCGUUACAAGGCUGAAGUUGCUGCAAAAAUGGGUUCAGAUGUUACCCCUCUUGGCGUCAAAGCACAAUUUACCCGAAGCUUCAAGGUUCUAGCUGCUCGUCAAAAUUCCUUGUGUGCUGCUGGCAAAGACCCCAAGGAUGCCAGUUUGGAUAACUUGGAGGUUGCCAAGUACAUGGGCUCUGAUGUCACCCCUGUAGCUGUCAAGCAACAGUACAAUGUAAACAUCAGAGCUCUUUCACGCCGUCAAACCUCUAUGGUUGAUGCCGGUAAAGACCUAAAGGAUGUCUUGGACAGCUCGAAAGGUGAAAUUGCUAGAAUCAUGGGAUCGGAUACUACUGUUUCAUCUCUCAAGCAUCACUUUCAUUGCACUAUCAAGGUUCUUGGUAGUCGCCAAAUCUCGAUGCUUGAUGGAGGUGAAGAUUCCAAGAAUGUCAACCUUGAUAAGCUAGGCUUAAAGAUUGUUGCAAUUAUGGGAUCAGAUGUUACUACUGAAGCCAUCAAUCAACAAAUUAGCAAGCGUAUUAGGGUUCUUGGCAGUCGUCAAACCAAGAUGCGUGCAGCUGGUCAAGAUCCUAAGGAUGUCGAUAUGGAAGAUCUGAUGCCCUCUAAAAAGGACAAAGGUGAAAUGGAUAGACUCAUGGGAGAUUGCACAGUAAACGGUCUUCGAUUUCAAUUCGAUACCCGCUAUAAGACUAUCGCCAAACGUCAAAAGGCCAUGCUGGCUGCAGGCAUAAAUCCAUCCACUGUGGACAUUUUCACCAGUGGCAAGGACUGCAAGGAUAUCACAUUCAAUUCUAAUGAGAUGGCGAAGCACUACAGCUCUGACGCAGACGCCACCUCAAUCUCCUGGCAAUUUCGCGGUAUCAGAGCUGGUGCCAAGAUCCAAAAAGACGCGCUGGCCAACGGAAAAGAUCCCAAGGACUUUAACGUAGCUGUCAACAAUAGAGGCGAACCCAGAGUUCGUGGUGGUCCCACCGCCGAAAAAUAUGGUGAUGGUACUACAGGUAAGGCUAUUUCUACCCGAUUCGAAAGAAUGCGCAAAGAACCCUCUUGGGAUCUCAGCACCUCGCCCACAUCUACUAACAACGCCUUAGGAACCACCUCAAAGAAAAGCCGUGCUCCACGCACUCCCAAGAAGUCCGCCAAGAAGACCGCCGCCGCUUCCAGCAAUGAAGGAGACGAUGAUUCGGAGAUGGAAGUUGUCACACCAUCCAAGAAGUCCUCUCCCAUCAAGAAGGAAGGUUUGAACAAGGUCAAGGGUGGCCGGGUUGAGAAGAAGAGUGGUACCCCGGGACGUGCAGCUAAGAAUGGUAUCAAGAGCUACGUCGACAGUGAUGACGAGGGUGAGGAUGAUGAUAUGAUGUUGAUCAAGGAUGAGGAUGUUGGAGCUUUGGACUUUGGUCGUGCGGCCGAUGGUGAUGAGGAUUUGCUUGGUGGAGAUGGCUUUUCAAUGGGUCAUGGAAAUGGAGGUAUGGGUGCCCAUGUUGAUGAGGAUGGGGACCAAUUUUAUGAUGAUGAGUCUUAG